CAUCGAGAUGUCAACUGAUCAGCUCCAUCCUCUCGUCUCGAUAUGAUCAGCACUUCGCCUGCUCCAGACUCUCAAUUGGAGCCAACUUCCCACCACCCUGAGUGCCCCUCUCCAUGUUUGCAGGAAAAAGUCAAGUGACAAGUAGCUGGCUAUGAGUCGUGCAAGCGGCUCGCGGCGGCCACGACAAGCGAACAACGACCAGCUGCGAGCCCACGGCAGUGAGCUCCACGCUGAAGCGCAUCUCUCCGAGGCCCAGCCUCCUACGCCUACUCUUGCUACUUCUCCCUCCCUUCUGCCCGUGGACCUCGACAGAGAGGGCCUGUUACCCCCCUCUCUUCAAGCAGGCUGGCGCCGCAAACGCACCUCUGAAGGUCUCGCUGCGCAGGCUCCCUCCAUCACCAGGCAUAGAGUCGACUCUGGUGCUGCAGAGGAGGAUGUUUCGGGCAAGAUAUCGCUCCAGCCCCGGUCUGAACACGAACCGACUCUUCCGGAAGCCCCUGCGCUCCUCCCCCUUGCUCGCCGGUCCCUACGCAACACUGCUCCAAACCAUUCAACGGCUGCUUCGGCUGCUCCUCCUCUACCCCUUCGCCGAUCGCCCAGACGGCUUACGCGGCGGCUCACAGAUCACGACGAGCACUUGACCGCGAGCUCUACUGACGCCAAUCGGCCUGCACAGUCGCUGUCACACUGGUCUCCUCAGCGUACACCGGGUUUGCGGUCGGCAGCUGGUAAGCCAGGCAGUAUUGCAGGCGUCGAACAACAAUUGGGGCCGUCCGCUGGAUUGUCGCAGAGGAGACAGAAGCAGCAGCACACACGAUUAUCAAGGCGAAGGGCUGGCGGCUCUAGAAAUACAGAUAUGACGGAUCGGAGAGCAGAAUUGAUACAAGGUGGCAACCGCAGCAGCACACCCGAUAACCAUGGUGACCAGUCCCAAGAUGACAUCAUGCACCUCCACCGGAACCCACUGCUACAUACGUCCAGUGGGGACUCGAGCAUCAGCCUUACCAGCAAUAGCAAUAGAAAUGGCAAUGGCAAUAGCAAUAGCAUCAGUGGUGGAGGCGGCCCAAGCCCAGCGAGAGGCUUGCUUCGGCACCGCAGGCCCCUGCAGGAGAUUCCGCUCUGGAUGGCCGACUCGAGGGGAGAAAUGAUACGACGUCGAUCAGUGAUGGGCACCAUGUCAAUCGGUGUAGGCAACGGAAGCAGAAGUAACAGCGGCAGUGAUGUGAGUUACCAAGUGUUGAAUCCGGAGAGCUUUUGCUUCCUUCUCUUGCUGACUUGCCCGAUGAUGGCCUGUACUUACGAUUCUUCAGGACUUGCGCCUAGUACACUUUGCGCCCAACACCCGACAUCGCCACAGUACACUGUUGCAACGCGAGCAGGCAACCAUUGGCACCGAGCGUGCAGACCCAGGGGUAAUAAGCCACCAAGCACGAUCACCUUCUCCGUCGACCUCUCUGACUGACAGGCUGAUCGUGAUGCCAACGAGCUUGGCUACCCGGCUCGCCACCACACAC